AUGGCUGAUAUGAAUCCACCUUCGGCUUAUCCUAAGAUACCUCUGACUUCAACUAUUGUAACCAUUCCUCCUCUGGUUACUCAACCACAAGCUUCCCCUACACUCACCAUGUCAUCAUCUUUGUUGCUCCACAACAAAGAAAGUCCUUUUAACUGGGUGGACCAUGUGCUUCAAGGCCAACUAGUCGAGCAUGCAAAUGUUUUAUCUGCCAAGGCUAAAUAG